AUGUCCUACUCGUGGGUGGGGCCCCCUACAGCCUUCAAUGGCACAAACGAAUUCCUUGGUGGUGAUUCCGACUCUGAGAAUCUCAAUCAAUGGUACCAGUCUGGUGACCAGGCCUACAUCAUCAUUGCUUCGGCUAUGGUGUUGGUCAUGGUACCGGGUCUAGGUUUCCUCUACUCCGGCCUCGCACGCAGAAAGUCUGCUUUGUCUCUUAUUUGGGCCUGCAUGGGCUCCUGCUCCGUCAUCACGUUCCAAUGGUAUUUCUGGGGUUAUUCGCUCGCAUUCAGUCAAUAUGGCACCAGCGGCUUCAUCGGCGAUCUCUCGAAAUUCGGUCUCAUGAAGACCUUGGGCGCCCCCAGCCCUGGAAGUCCUCUAAUCCCCGAUCUUCUAUACGCUUUCUACCAGGUAAGUAUGCAAUUCUGUGCCGUUACCGCUGCUAUCGUCGUUGGAGCUACCGCCGAACGCGGACGCCUUAUCCCCAUGAUGGUCUUCAUCUUCUUCUGGGCUACAAUUGUAUACUGCCCAAUCGCUUGCUGGGUCUGGAACGUCAAUGGCUGGGCUUUCAAGUGGGGUGUGCUCGACUACGCCGGCGGCGGACCUGUCGAGAUCGGCUCCGGUAUGUCUGCUUUGGCCUACUCGAUGGUUCUCGGUAGACGCCAGGAGAAGAUGAUGCUCAACUUCCGCCCUCACAACGUGUCUCUAAUCACCCUCGGAACGGUUCUUCUCUGGUUUGGAUGGUUGGGCUUUAACGGCGGAUCUUCGUUCGGUGCCAACCUCCGUGCGACCAUGGCCUGCUGGAACUCCAACUUGACUGCCAUGUUCGGUGCCGCCACCUGGGUUCUUCUCGAUUGGCGAUUGGCCCGAAAGUGGUCCAUGGUCGGCUGGUGCUCAGGCUGCAUUUCUGGUCUCGUUGCUGCUACUCCUGCGUCUGGUUUCAUCACCCCUUGGGGUAGCGUUGUUCUCGGCAUCGUCACCGGUGUCGUAUGCAAUUUUGCUACCAAGAUCAAGUUCUGGAUCAAGAUCGACGAUGCCCUCGACGUGUUCGCUGAGCACGGCGUCGCUGGAAUGGUUGGCCUCCUCGCCAAUGGCAUUUUCGGUGCCAGCUACAUCAUCGGCCUCGAUGGCGUCAACACUGGCCUCUUCAACGGUGGUUGGAUCCAACACAACUACAAGCAGCUCUACAUUCAGUUCGCCUACGUUGUCGCAGUCACCGCGUAUAGCUUCGUUGUCAGCGCCAUCCUCGCCUACGCCAUCAACUACAUCCCCGGCCUUAAGCUCCGCGCCUCUGAAGAGGCCGAGCUCCUCGGCAUGGACGACGACCAGCUCGGCGAGUUCGCCUACGACUACGUCGAGGUCCGCCGCGACUAUCUCGCCUGGACCCCGGCCCAGAAGGAGCCGUCCCACUCCGAACACCACAUUCCCCAGGGCGAGCGCCACGGCAUCUCGCAACACAGCCAGAUGCUAGAAGGCAAGGAGCCCAGCGAAAGCAGCGGCGAACAGCAUACCGGCAUCGGCGGCGAUCGCCACGGUAUCGCGGCCGAGAAGGUCGAACACGAAAGUUAG